UUGUCUUUUUUUAACCCCAUUCUUCACCGGUGUACAACUUCCCUGCCCAUUUCAUCCUCUUCUUCUAUACCAGAAUCUGCUUCUGCUCCGCCACUCUGCCAUUGGACUCUUGAUAGUCGUCUCCCCACACUGCUGCUGGGGGGACUUUUUAACAUAGGCCUCUGUAUGGCCUUCAAUUUAAGCUGCUUACGCUUCGCCACUCUGCCAUGGGCCCCUGUACCGCCUCCUCUUGCUGCUGCCAGGUCCAGAGUGUGUCAUGGGUCCCUGUACGGCCUCCCAUUGCUGCUGACUUCAUCGCCAGACUCUGCCAUGUGCCACUUUCAGGUCUCCUUACACUGU